AUGCUAUUUAAAUACCUUAUUGGUGUAUGUGGACUCAGUGUACCAGCCAGAGACAGGUCAAAUGAGGUGAUAAUAAUCACGAGAGAUGGAUGUGGAUAUUCAGAGGCAAUGCGUGAGAUGUGCAAGGACAGGAAGCUGAAAUGCCUCGACUUGAACGAGGACACUCUGAAAGCAGAUAUCAAGGCAAUAACAAGCAAGAAAUUCUACACGUAUCCGAUGGUAUUCGAGGAUGGCGAGUUCAUAGGCGGAUACAACGAGGCAGAGAAGCACUUCAGAAAGAGAACUGAGACACUCUCAGAAGAGGUGAACCAGCUGUUUAAGGCCAACUUCACUGGAUACGAUUCAUGA